AGCUUUGUGGGGGUGGCAAUCCACACACAGAGGCAGCAAAUUUUUUGUUUAAAAAAAUUAGGAGAAAAAAAUUUAAAGAGAGAGAAAGAAAACAAUUUAUCUGGAGAAGAGGAGAGAGAAAAUAAGAUUAGAACUCAACGACAAAACAAGCCAGAGAUUGAGAGAGAGACAGACGGAAAGGAGAAAGGAUGUUCUGAGAGAGACCAAAGAUGGUUGAAGAGAGGGUCCUCUGAGAUCAUCCUGGAAAGGGAAGUAAAUAGAAAAAAAAAUUGAACUUUUUUUUCUUUGCUGCCCUUUUUUGAGUCUCAAUCGUCCUCCCCACCUAUCACCCCCACAAAAAAAAAAAAUCAUUUCCUGUUGUCAAUACCAAUCUACCCACCUCUACCAAUAACAGAGUUACCAUUGCAUUGUUACCCAACAACAACAAAAUCUAUAGCAGAAGCAGCUCGUAAAGUUGUUAUUCUUCUGCACCCUUUUUUUGCCACGUUUACAUGCUCCAUAUUGAUUUGCAAGAUAACACUAGGAAAAAAGCCUGCUAACGCGGAGUAGAUUUCACGAAAAGGGUGUAGAGAGACAAUUAAAAACUGCAAAAUGAGAGACCCAGAUGCUGCCAUUACCGAAUGCAAUGUUUUUGCUUUGUUUGUAAUGUAGUUGAUGCGUAGUUGUUUGUUGUUGCUGUUUUUUUAUUCAGUCAAAAGGUUAGUUUUGUAUAGGAAAACCUGGCGAUUUCGUUUAGUGUCCCGGCCAUUGGAAGAUAUUGUCACUACCUCUACCACUGCGAAAUUUGGUUCAUCAAGCAAUGGGGGGUGGAUGGAACCCAAUUGUAUUCCAGUUCCAAUGUUUCUUGUUCCUGAUUCUCGGUCUAGAGAAUCCUGGGUCUAGGGCGCUUAAUGAUGAAGGAUUGGUAUUAUUGGAACUCCGGGCGAGAGUAACUUCUGAUCCUUCUAAUGCCUUUGCAAACUGGGAUCCUAAUGACAGCAGUCCAUGUUCGUGGCUGGGUGUUUCUUGUGUUGGUGGUAAAGUGCAAAUGCUGGACUUGGAUGGGCUUUCUUUGGAGGGGACCUUGCCACCUGAGCUUGGCAAACUUAGACAUCUAAGAUCUCUUGUGCUUUGCAGAAACAAUUUCUUCGGUGGCAUCCCUAAAGAGUUAGGAGGGCUUACGAAGCUGGAGCUAUUGGAUUUGAGGGAGAAUAACCUGAGUGGAUUGAUUCCGACAGAAAUAGGUGGAAUGCUGUCUCUAAAACGCUUGUUGCUUUGUGACAAUAAAUUUGAAGGUAGCAUUCCGAUGGAGAUUCGAAGGCUCAACUUGCUCUCUGAAUUGCAGUUGGACGAAAACCUUACAUCUGCUGUGGAGACUGAAGUCAGCUGUUUAAAUAGGAAGUUCGGAGAAUGCAUCUGGCAGAGCAAUUUAACACAACUGAACAAGGCUGAUUCAUUAAUAAUGCCCAUAAAAGAAGCUGUUCUACGUUAUCUAAGUGCCUUGCGGCUGCAUCUGUCAAAAUUUGGAAAGAACUCCCUUCUUGCCGGUCAAGAUGAUUGCUGCGACGACCAAGCUGGUUCAUCUGAGCCAUACAUUAUUGAAAAAGCAGAGAACUCUGUCAAUUUUGCACGUCGUAGGCUACUUGAACAGUCCAGUAACCUUGCUGCUGCUCCUGCUAGUGGUGGGUCUUUCACCGGGCAGAUUAUUGCCCUUCCAACAACCCGAAGCAGCGGGGCUUUCCCAGCUGUACCAAAUGGGAAUAAGAAACAGUCUCCUCCACCUUCGCUGCUGCCUUCACCAGUUGAUCCUUCUUUGCAAGGGACAACCCAAUCUUCCAAAACCCCCACUGGCAUGGGAGAAUCAACUGAUCAACAAUCCAAGAGAAGCGUGUGGAGUUAUUUCUAUAUCAUUCCAGUUGUAGCUGUCUUGAUCAUUAUUAGUGCAGCCUUGUUUUUCAUGUGCCGGAAAAAAGGAGUGAGAAACAUAGGUCCGUGGAAGACUGGAUUGAGUGGACAGUUGCAGAAAGCCUUUAUAACAGGGGUUCCCAAGCUGAAUGCAUCAGAGCUGGAAACUGCCUGUGAGGAUUUCAGCAAUAUCAUUGACACCCUUGAUGGUUGCACUGUGUACAAGGGAACAUUGUCCAGUGGAGUUGAGAUUGCUGUUGCUUCAAUUGUGUCUACAUCUUCGAAAGUCUGGUCAGAGAAUGCAGAAAUUUCCUUCCACAAAAAGAUCGACACACUUUCACAAAUCAACCAUAAAAACUUUGUCAAUCUCAUUGGUUACUGUGAGGAGAAUGAACCUUUCAAUAGGAUGAUGGUGUUUGAAUAUGCUCCAAAUGGAACCCUUUUCGAGCAUCUACACGUUAAGGAGAUGGAACAUCUUGAUUGGAGUGCAAGGAUGAGAGUUAUUAUGGGAACAGCUUACUGUCUACAAUAUAUGCACCAUGAUCUGAAUCCCCCUGUAGCACAUUCCAACUUGAGUUCAACAUCUAUCUAUUUAACAGAUGAUUAUGGUGCCAAGAUAGGGGAGAUCAGUUUCUUGCCAAGAGUUGCACCCAAGACGAAGAACUCAGAUGACGAUGAUUUGGAGCAUACUGUAUUGCCACCUCUCGCUGAUCUGGAGACAAAUGUCUACAGUUUUGGAAUAUUGUUGCUCGAAAUCAUAUCAGGAAAACUCCCAUACUCGGAAGAACAAGGUCCUCUGGAGAACUGGGCUGCGGAGUAUCUGAACGACAAGCGAAGCAUAAGCUACAUGAUCGAUCCAACCCUCAAGUCAUUUAAAAACAAUGAACUUGAAGUCAUCUGUGAAGUCAUCCAAGACUGCAUAAAUCCUGAUCCAAGGCGGAGACCAACAAUGAUGGAUGUGAUUCCCAAUCUGAGAGAAGUGAUUGCUAUUUCACCUGAUCAAGCAGUACCAAGACUUUCUCCUCUCUGGUGGGCAGAACUCGAAAUCUUGUCUGUGGAGGCAACUUAAAAAGGUUAAAUCUGAAACUCUUCUUUGAUUUGUAAUUCUAAAUGCUGAGGAUUACUUUUCUAUCAUGCUUUCCCCCAAAAUAAUAUGCAAAUCCCAUCAGUACCCAGGCUUUCAUAUAUUUGAUUUUUUUUUGUCUCAUUGUUUCUUGUUUGUCCUAUGAUCCAUUGAGUUGGAAUUUUCCCCCAAUUUCUCCUAGCCUUUCCCUUGCAAAUACUCUUGAGUACUUAUUGUUUAAUGUUCAAUCAGUAGGGCAUGUACUGACUUCUGCAACACACACACACACACACACACACACAUAUAUAUAUAUAUAUAUGUAUGUAUAUUGUCUGAUUGAAGCUUGUGAUGUAGAUUAACAUAACACUGGGGUGUCUGUCCAAGUAACUAAAGAGCAUUCAUUUGAGUACUCUUGGAACUAUUGAUUUGUCAUAAUGUAUUCAACCUGAA